AUGUCUUCUCAUACCUCGAGUCCCAAUCUUACUCCGACUACCUCACGAGCUCCCACACAACAACAAUCUCCUCAGAUGUCUCCAUAUCCGCAGAGAACAUCCUCCAUAAAUCGGCGACGCGGCAUAUCGCGUGUGCGAACCGAAUUUCUCCCUACCAUUACUGCCGCUCCUACUCUCCCAAUGUCGGCUUCCUCGGUCACAACCUCAAGCUCCGUACAAGUAUCACCAAUUAUGUCCCCCGAAAUUCAUCAAAUCAUGACCAGCAACUCUUCAUUACAAGUAUCCCCUGAAGGUCCGCGCGGGCGUGAACCUGAGCAUCGCAUUCCCCCUUUCGAACCGCUCCCCGAAUCAGUAUGUCCGACAGUCUCUAAAAAACCGAGUCAAACUGCGAUGGCCGAGACUUUCACUAGCAAUAGAUCACAAGGGUUGAUGAGGAGAUUAUCGAAUAAGAUCUCGAGACGACAGUCUACAGCUGCAAGUCGGGACCAGAGCGCCGGACCAGUCAUGUUGCGACGAAGAAGCGAUAGUACAAAUACAGCCCCAGAUUCCAGAUACAACGUGGUCAACUCUGAUUCCGACGAAGACGUCCACGAGAAUGCUAUUGAAUGUGUAGUGGAUUCGCCACUGAGCAUUGAAGGUGCUGGCGGUGAUUAUCCAAGUUCCAGUGCCUCAUUCGCUUGCUCUUCGACAAUGACUGGUGGCGGCAACGCAGGUCUCGCUUUCGGUCCUGUCAUCCCUACCAUUCUUCUGCAAGGGACCACAAUGAUCAAAAUUACAAAGAAAAAGAGGAAGUUGCUCACAUUUGUUCUCGAAGACGAAGCUUGUAAAGUUUCUUGGGAUAAGACCAGGCCCGCCAAAAGCUUCCUUAUAGAUAACGUACAGGAAAUCCGACUCGGAUCCGACGCUCUCAACUACCGCGAGGAGUUCAAAGUUGACUCGCAGGACGAACCUCGUUUCUUCUCCAUUUUGUACGUUGUACCCGACAUCAAGUCGAAUGGACGCUCAACGAAAAUCAUGCACUUGAUCGCCCUUGAUGAACAAGCUUUCGACCUUUGGACAACAACCCUUGACGCUAUAUCAAAACAUAGACAGGACAACAUGUCAAAUCUUACUUCCUUUAACGAUAAGGCAGUUGAAAACUACUGGCGCAACGAAAUGAGCAAGCAGUUUUCUGAGACACCUCAUGCCGAAGACGAAGAGGCUCUUAAUUUUGAGGGCGUCGAGCAACUUUGCAAAAACCUCCAUAUUAACACUUCUUCUAGAUUCCUACGUGAGAGGUUCCAACAAGUCGACACUACGAAGUCUAAGAAAUUGAACUUUGCCGAAUUUCAAGAAUUUGUAAAGCUCAUGAAACGCAGAGGAGAUGUUUCGGAAAUCUACAAAAAGCUUGCUUCCGACCCUACGAAAGGACUCACCCUAGAAGAAUUCAUCAAUUUCAUCGGCAGAGUCCAAGCGGAGAAUGUUGAGAAGGACCGAGCCAAAUGGGAAUCUAUUUUCGCAAAAGCUACCCGUCGAUCGAGAUCACGAGAUCAGCCACUACAAGAAGGUGAGGUUGCGCGGAUGAGUGAAGAAGCUCUAGCCACCUUCUUGACAUCCACCCACAAUGUUCCUCUAGAGACUGUCCCCGAAACCUUCUCCCUCGAUCGUCCUAUUCACGAGUACUUUAUUUCUAGUUCUCACAACACUUAUCUUAUGGGUCGACAGGUCGCUGGCGAAUCGAGUGUCGAGGCUUACAUCUCAGCUUUGAUCAAAGGUUGCCGAUGUGUUGAAAUUGAUUGCUGGGAUGGCAAAGACGGGCGACCUAUUGUCAAUCAUGGACAUACCAUGACUAGACCCAUCAUGUUUUCCGAUGUGAUGUACACGAUUGCGAAAUAUGCCUUUGUCAAAUCCCACUUUCCCUUGUGGAUUUCUCUCGAAGUUCAUUGCAAUGAUGCACAGCAGGCAGCCAUGGCUCAGAUCAUCAAGGAAGCCUGCGGUGCAGCGUUGGUCACAGAACCACUUGAUUCCUCGUCACAAGAACUCCCCUCGCCUUCUCAAUUGAUGGAUCGAAUCUUGAUCAAAGUCAAGAAACCCAGAAUUCUCGCUGAAACUCCGUCCAAGGCUAAUGGUCGUUCUCGUGGCAACAGUUUGAGCUCACCUCGUGUCUAUCCUACCCAGCUCGACAAUUCAAGUAUUUCUAGUGGCUCUCUCCCACCUCCACCAAAUUUAAUUUCAAGUGGAAGCAACAUCAAGCAAAACAUUCGAAGAACUGGAACUGAUGGAAUCACGAGUAGCAGCAGUAGCGACAGCGAAGGAAACGAAGACAGACCUAAGGAUAAGCCCAAGACAAGCAAGAUCGUUCAAGUUCUUGGAGAGCUUGGUAUUUAUAGUGUUGGUGUCAAAUUUCGCGGCUUCGAUGACCCUGACAGCAAAGCCUAUAAUCACAUCUUCUCAUUCAUGGAGUCUACGUUUGAUAGGAAUAGCAAGACGCAGGUUGAUCGCCGUGCGAUGACCAGACACAACAUGAGAUAUCUUAUGCGGGUGUAUCCUAAUGGAUGGCGUGUCGCAUCUACGAAUUUUGAUCCUCUCAAAUAUUGGCGACGGAGUGUUCAGAUGGUAGCUCUCAAUUGGCAAACUCAUGAUCUUGGUAUGCAAAUGAAUGAUGCGAUGUUUGCAGGAGGUACCGAUCAAUCCGGCUACGUCCUCAAGCCAAGCGAACUUCGAGAGAUUAAAAUGCUCCCUAGUGUUCCCGAGGAAGCAGGAGCUAAUCACGUCAAGCGAGAGCGCAAAAAUGUCAACUUCUCAAUUGAUAUCAUCUCUGCUCAACAACUCAUGCGCCCAAAGGGUCUUCCUUCUAAUCGUUCUGUCGACCCAUAUGUCGAAGUCGAGGUUUACCAUGCUGACGACAAGAGCAAGGAAACUAAAGGAGUCAUUGGAGAAGGUGGUCUUGAUGCUUCUGCCAAGGAUGGCUCUUCUGGUUUGGGAGCUCCUCAUAAGCGCCGUACACACAUCGUCCAAGAGAAUGGCUUCAACCCAGCUUUCAAUAAGAAAUUCAAUUUCGCUCUAACCACCAAAUUUCCGGAACUCGUUUUUGUUCGUUGGACCGUCAGAUGCUCAUCAGAUGGCCAUAGUUAUAACGUUAAAACCUUACCUUUGGCCACAUAUACCGCCAAACUCAGCAGUCUUAAGCAGGGUUACCGCACUCUACCUCUUUACGACACAAAUGGUGAUCAGUUCCUCUUCUCCACACUCUUCUGUCGGGUCAAGAUCGACGCCGCUACAAGUAUCUAUGUCAACGCCGAAGCAAAUGAAAGCGUUAGUGUACUUAAGAGCCUCGGCCGUACCGUCUUCAAUCGAACACCUCUAUCACCAAGACCUUCUGUUGACAGUGGUCACCAAUGA